AUGCGUGGUGGUGGAAUUACUAGGCUUAAGGAGCAUCUCACACAAGUCAAGGGGAAUGUUUCAUCAUGUUUGAAAGCAAAAGUUGAAGUUAUAAAUGAAAUUAGACUUACUGACAAUAUAAAGAAGUUAAAGAAAGCUCAUACGGAGAAUAUUGAUGCUAUGUAUCGGCGUAAUGAGAAUUCUGAUGCUGAUACUGAUAAUGAGGUACAAGAAGUUGAAAAGGAUUCCAACGUGGGCAGUCAUAGUUGUAGUCAAGUAGCUGUUCAGAAUCAGAGAAAGGGAAAAUUCAAGAGCCAAAGUAAUUGCAGGGGUCCAAUGGAUUUACUCAUGCAGACAGACCACCAAAAAACUCAGCAAGCCACUCUUGACAGAAAUAGUUCAACGAAAGAGAAGUUAAAGAAAGAUGCAUGGAAAAGCAUUUCAGCUUGGAUGACUGAGAAUUCUAUAUCUUUUAAUAUUGUUCGUUGUCCAACUUUCCAAGAAAUGAUCUAUGCAAUUGGUGAAUAUGGGAAAGCUCUGCCAGCGCCAUAUUACCAUCAUAUUCGUUCAAAUCUUUUCAAGGAACAGUUAGAAGAAACGAAGAAUUUUGUUGAUACAUUUAGGGUACAUUGGAAGAGGUAUAGAUGUUCUAUCAUGUCCGAUGGCUGGACAGAUGGGAAAAAGCGUCAUCUUAUUAACUUUUUGGUGAAUUGUCCGAAAGGGUCAGUUUUCUUGAAGUUUGUAGAUGUGUCAAACAGAAUCAAUGAUGCUGAUUUCAUACGUGAGCUUGUAAAGGAGGUAAUUGAUGAUGUUGGGAAAGAAAAUGCAGUUCAGUUCAUUACCGAUAAUGGUUCAAACUUUAAAAAGGUUGGGAAGGAUUUAAUGCUUGAAUACUCAAAUCUAUUUUGGACUCCUUGUGGUGCUCACUGUGUCCAGUUGAUACUAGAAGAACUUGGUGACAAGCUUACACGAAUCAAGAGAGCCGUCAUUCUAGGUAAAAGACUUGUUACAUACAUUUAUGCUCAUUUUCAAGUAUUAUGCUUAAUGAGGGAUUUGACAGGUAGAGACUUACAUUGGUCUACAAAGACUAGGUUUGCAACUCAAUAUUACACACUAGAAAGUAUUCAAAAGUAUAAAACUCCUUUACAAAUGAUGUUUGUGAAUGAUAGAUGGGCAAAAACUAGAUUUUCAAAAGAAAAUGUUGGAAUUAAUGCACUUAAAAUUUUCACAAGUAGUACAUUUUGGGAAGAUGUUGAUUACUCUUGUAGAGUGUUGAAGCCUUUAGUUAAGGUUGUAAGGUUAGUGGAUAUUGAGCGCAACCCUACAAUGCCUUGUUUUUAUGAUGCAAUGAGAAUAGCAAAAGAUCAACUAGAGGAGAAUUUCAGAGAUGAUGAUGAUACCUGGGCUGUAAUUAAGGCUUGCUUUGAGAAAAGAUGGAAGAAUAACUUUAACCAUGCUUUACAUUGUGCGGCCUACUAUUUGAAUCCUUCCAUAUUCUACAAUAUUGAACCUUAUGAAAUGGACAAUAAUGAGAAGUACAUAGAAAUCAAAAGGGGGCUUCAUAAAGCAAUGGGAAGGCUUACACCCAAUGAAGAUGAACUAGAGCUAGCUACAGCAUUUAUAACUACUUUGUUUGUAUUCAUAACAUAUGAGUGGUGGAUUACAUUUGGAGGAAUCGAUGCGCCAAACCUACAAAAAUUUGCGAUCAGAGUAUUGAGUCUUACUUGUUAUGCUUCCCCAUGUGAGCGAAACUGGAGCACAUUUCAAAAUAAAAAGCGAAAUCGCAUUAAACAUCAGAAACUGAAUGAUAGUGUCUUUAUCCAUUACAAUAAGAAAUUGAAGCGUCGUUACAUAGAAAUCCAAAAAUAUAACGAUGAUGAUAAAGCUCAUGAUCCUAUUUUCCUGGAGGACAGUGAUGAAUGGUUGGCUUUAGAAAAUCUGCAUGACUUGGAGGUGGAAGGUGAUAAUGUAACUUUUGGUGAUUUGCAAGAAACAGUUGGUAGUAGAGGUGCCUGUAGUUCUCGAGGCAAUUCUACGUUUCCGACUAACUCGGAAUACGAUGGAUAUGAUACUUAUGAUUUGAUGUUGAACACCGAAGAGGGUUACUCGGUGGUGACGGGAACGAUGGAGUUACUCCAGAUGAUGAUAUCUAUGCUGAUUCAUCCUAUAUUGAUUAGAAUUAUAAUGUCCUUGUUUAAUUAA